AUCUCAUUAAAUAUUACAUCUCAUAUUUCUUCAAGAAAACUAUAACAUCUCAAAAUGAGCCAUAAAAGGAAGGAUAGUAAAUCCUCUAGCUCUUCUAAAGAAACUGUUGCCUCUCUUCAAAAGCAAAUCGCUUCAAUGAAGGUGAUUAAUAAGGAAUUGGUAACGAACUUGCAACAAUUGAAAAAAGAAAUCGCUACCUCUGCAUCACAAAGUUGUAGUCUUAAAGCAGAACUUUACGAUAUGAUCAUGGAAAAAAACUCUUUGAUGGAAAAGAACAACAAAUUAGUUGAACUAUUAAGAUCACUGCAAGAAGAGUCUUUGUCAGUUGGGAAAAGAGUUGACGAUUUACUUGGCCCAAGAGACUCAGAAAGAAGUAGGUUGUCUCCUAAGCAGAGCGCAGUUAUUUGCCCAAUGGUUAGCGGCCAUGUUAUUCAUAAUCCCAAAGUUGAACUUAGAAGGCUGAAUUUCAGUGACUAUCCCAAUAUUGUGUAUGCUCCAGGAAAUGAUGCUGUUAGUCUUUCGCCAGUAAUUGAGCAACAGUAUGAGGAACCUGUCCAAAAUAGGUUUGGCCAUAGGUUACAGGUAGCUCAGAAUAUAUCAAAUUUAAGAAACAGAGAAGUAGGCGAAGAUUCCUUCUAUUCAGUUGGUUCUUGGACUGUCGAAAAUAGGAAUCUUGAAUCCAGUGAACAAAGUAGUUCUUCUGUUGCUUCAUCAGAAAAUAAUGUAUCUGCAACUACAUCUAAUGAAAUUUUGUCACCGCCUGGGAGCAGUCAAAUUGAUGUAAAACCUUCAGGGUCAAGAUUUAUGGCUGAUGAAAGCACAAAUUCUUCUGAAGCGGCGAGGAAUUUGAAUGAAAAUGGAAGAAAUUCAACCUCCCUUUUAACAAUUAAUGUUAUGUCGCCGAAGAAUGAUCCACAAUCUUCGUCCAUUCUAUUGAACCCAUCUGUAUUUGUAAACGUUUGCCCAAGGAAACGAAAAUAUGCUACUGAACUGUCUUUAAGCAAUAGAUUCACCGUCAGUGAAGUAAAAGAAGAAUCCAAUGAUGAAAAUCAAGAUUCAAAUUACUCUAACAUCAUCAAUUUAAAAUAUCCCAUCGUACUUUCUGAACGCCUCCCUGCUGUAUUUAACGAAACCUUGAUGGUCAAUGAGAAUGGGAAUACAACUCAGGAAACGCAACACAACAAAUCACAAAAUCGAAAAGCUGGAAUUAGCAAAAGGACCAAACCAUCUCUCAGAAACUCAAAAUCUGUGAGAGAGUCUCCUACAAAUAGUUGUCCAGCAGCGUUGAAUUUUUUGAAAAUUCUUGUAUUUUUGAUCAUCUAUCCUCCUCCAUCUCGUCUUGGUCGUCCAGUUCUUGAAAGUUCAAGAAUUCUUCAGUUUUUCAAAUCCACUUGGAGAGGGGGCUGACUCUUCUUCAAAAAAUAUUUAGAGGAAGAAAGUGCCUUACCCCUCCGGCACUUAUACCUAAUAAAGAAA